AUGAGACAAUGGUUAUAUGCAAAUGAUUUUAUAGAGGUAGAGACACCUAUCCUUUUUAAACCAACCCCUGAAGGUGCAAGAGAAUUUGUUGUUCCAACUAGAACAAUAGAUAAAGCCUCAGGAAAACCACUAUUUUACAGUUUAACACAAAGUCCUCAACAAUAUAAACAAUUAUUAAUGGCAAGUGGAAUCCCUAGAUAUUUCCAAUUUGCAAAAUGUUUUAGAGAUGAGGACUUAAGAAAGGACAGACAACCGGAAUUUACUCAGUUAGAUAUGGAAAUAUCCUUUGUCAAAGAUACAAAAGUUAGAAGUUUGAUUCAAGAACUUAUUAUUAAGGUUUGGACUGAAAAAGGUGAUUCAAAGACUCUUUAUACCUGUGAUUCGAAUAAAUUAAUAGAUUCCAAGAUUACUUUAACACUAAAUUCAAUGACAUAUAAUGAAGUGAUGACUUUAUACGGAAUAGAUAAACCUAAUCUAAUUGCUCCUAAUUUAAAAAUAAUCAAUAUAAGUGAAAUAACUGGUUGUACAUCAGAAGAUAACACUGAUUUCCCUAUUAUAGAAUGUCUUGUAUUAAAAGGCAUAAUCGAUAAAAGUCAUAUAGAAAAUGACUAUGAAAAUCGCUGGAAACAUUUAUUAGAUCCUAAGAAUUAUAAUUUCAGAGCUCCUUUUGGCGUUCCAAUCACAAGUAACGCACUUUGUAAAAAGUGGUUUGAAAAGGUUCCAUUAUUAUCUGCGAUAAAUAAAUGCCCUAAUUCAAAGAAUAUAGUUGAAAAAUUGGAUGAAUCAUUAAAAUUGUCACCAGGUGAUCUAAUUUUUGUAUCAAAUAGACAACCAGAUCACGCAAUCUUUGAAAAUCCAACCCCUUUAGGUAGACUUAGGCAACUAAUAUUGAGUAAACCGAAAAUGAGUACUCUUUUCAGAGAAACUCCUGGGCCUAAUGAUGAUGUAGCAAUAUGGGUUGUAGAUUUCCCCUUAUUUUCGCCAGUAGAAGAAGUAAACUUAGGAGAGAACCAACAAUAUCCAACAUAUAUUAAAGGCAAAUACGUUUCAACACACCAUCCAUUUACGAUGGUUAAGUUAUCUACAUUAGAAAAUUUAAAGAAUGAUCCUUUGAAAUGUAUAGGAAAACACUAUGAUUUAGUUAUGAAUGGUGUAGAGUUAGGUGGCGGGUCUCAGAGAGUCCACGAUCAUGAAUUGCAAGACUAUAUCUUCAAACAUAUUCUAAAAAUAGACAACAGUCAUGAAUUAUUCGGACACUUAUUAGAAGCUUUUAAAAACGGAACACCACCACAUUCGGGGUUCGCUAUUGGAUUUGAUAGAAUGUGUACAAUAUUAUUUAAUAGAACCAGCAUCAGAGAUGUUAUUGCUUUCCCUAAGUCAAUUACAGGAGCUGAUCAGAUAAUUAAGAGUCCUGCAUUAGUGAAUGAUGAAUUUUUAAAAGAUUAUCAUGUAACUCAAUUUAUUGGCAACAAUAAACAUUAA